AUGCUGUGUGACCUUGAUGGGUAUUCGGUGUACAACUUCCUGCCGAGCAUCAGCGCGGUGACGGGCGUGUCCCCUCAGCGGUACCUGUGGCGUGUUGCUGUGGCGCUGCACAUCUCCCCUCGCCUGCUGGUGGCGUGGGUGGCCCGCGCCUACUACACCACCCUGGCCCCCCACGUGCCCGCCGCCCGCCGCCCAGCCUACAUGACACUGGUCGCCGCAGCCUUCUACCUCAACCUGACGGAGCUGGCCACGCUCUGUGGGGUCACCUACAUCUCCAACAAGGAGAACUACCCUGUGCACGAGAAGCUGUUUACGCUGUUCAUGUUGGUGUCGCUGGUGUACAUGCUGUGUGUGAUCCGGGUGGUGCGAGCAGUGCGUCACACCCUCUCCCCAAGACUCCUCCGCUCCUUUGCUCAGAAAAAGUGGCUCUUCGGCAUUAAGUUGGCCUCAACCGGCGGUCUCCUCUUCUUCUUCUGGCGACACCGAGUAUUCUGUCAACCUAUGGCGUUCAGCUGGUUCUCGCUGUGUGAGUACGUGAUCGCCACCUGCAACAUGUUGUACCACGUGAGCGUCGCCCUUGACUUCUCUGACGAGCAUCUCAUCGUGGGCCACAUCAUCACCGCCACCACACCUUCGGCCUCUACCACCUCCUCCUCCAUCUCCACCACCGCCUCGUCCUCUCGCCACCAAUCCGUCUCUACGCCCACCACUACAACCACCUGUGACUCCUUAGCCACGUGUGAGGGCGGCGGCGACACCCCGCCCACCAGGAAUGGCCGCCUCGACGAGCAGGUCCUGGGCGGCAGUGUGGUGCUGGGUGGCCCACAGCCUCUGGCUGCGGCCUUCAGUAGCAGCCAUCCAUCUGUGAGUGGCAAGGUGGGCACCGGGACUAAGUGUGACGGCGGAGUGAAUGUUGGCGGGGGAGGUCCAGGCACGGGUGGGGCUAGUGGUGCGGGCGGGGCUGGAGUGGAGGGCGAGGCCCCGCCAAACGUGGUGCAUCAGGUACUCAACACCAUCCACGAGGGCGCCGAGCCCGCCCACACACACCCCUGCCUCAACGGUCCUGCAGACACCGAGUCCACUUUGGUCCAGCGGAGACCCGCCCACUCACUCACCUCUAACCCCUCGCCCACAGACGCCCAUCCCAUCACCCACACCCACAGCGAAUAGUGAAGGUGUGAGCAGGGGACUCCGCCCAUGACCAGCGGCUGGCAGCAGUGGGUGACUACAGCUGCCGCCGCCCCACUCACGCCACACGGAACUUAUCCUACUUAUGUGUUUACUAUAUUAUAUACUAUGAAAAUACCUCUGAAAUGACGUCUUUAGAAGCUAGUGUAUAUGACAGGCUGGAGGACAAUGUGGCUGGCGAGAGCACAUCCCGGCCACCACCACCUGACGUUGGUGGUGAACAAAUAACCUUGCAACAUACAGAAGUUGUUUUGUUGUCACAAGAGAUAUGUAGUGACAUAACUGCUGGUUGUCAGCCAAGUACAGUAUACUGAAGGUCAAGAUAAAACCCCACAAGACUCUGAAUGACUUAUGUAGCCUGGUGCUCUUGGGCUGAGAUCUCGUGUCUUAUUCUGUUGAUUGGACGAGACAGCCUUCAAGGAUCCCAUUCACCUGGCAAGAGACUCACACGCCUUGAAUGUAGGACUGACUGUAGAGUCUGGUGUCUCUUGCUUGAUGUAGUGUGUUUAGUAAUGGAAUAUUACUGCACUUUAAGAGUCUAGAAUUUGCAAAUAAAUUUAUUGUGGUAGUUGACGAUAAAAAAUAUCUAAUCAAAGAACAGCUUCGAAAAAAUUGCCUUAAAAUUGGAUCAUUUGUUGAUAAUUAAUAGUUAUGUGGAAACGUGAGAACUGCUCCAAAUUUGGGUUGUAGUCACCACGAGGCAGUCUCAGCUGAGGUCCUUAUCUUCACGCCCCUCUUAUCUCACUCACACUUACCUCCCUGUUCGAAUUCGGAGACAUUUGUUAAAGUCUGAGCAUUUUAUAUCUAUUCUUGGCAUUUUCAUUUUUACUUCUAAAUUGUACACGAGCAAAGCCUUAAAAUUAUUUUGGCAACUUAAGACGAUGCACUACGUGAUGAAUUAUCGAUGCUUGACAGAGACUAGAUCCUAUUAAGUCUUGUCCUGUCAUCCACAGUGUCCAGUAUUCGUGUUUUAGGUUCCUGCGGUGUUUUCAUGUGCGGCAGGUAGCGACGUACAGCUGAGACGGAACCUCUAGUGUGGCACUUGAACAUAUUCUCAGUUACCACUUAAGGACUUGACAGGUAUCGUUAAGCUUGUCUGUUUGAAAUUUAAUGAGUUUAAAAAGUUACUGGUGGCUUGCAGUACUUCAUCGUUAAUGAACUUUGGGUAGUGUGUUACAUAAUACUCAUCUUUCUUGAUUUUGUAAGGCAGGCCCUGAGCUAGGCCGCACUACCUCGGGUUAUGUCAUUGUUGUCGGGGGAGAGGUUUGACGUCACCUCUAGGCCCCGCCCACUGUUCUGCUGUUGUGCGGCCCGUGAAUCUGAUGCCUUAUUGAUUUAGGCCAGAAUGUUUGAGUAUCUUAUGGUGAUGAGCAAAUAAUCUGGGGUUAUCUGAUUUUUACCAUCAUAUCCUAAUUGUUAGUGAGAGUAAUAACCACACCUGAUGAUGCGACCUGCACCAAGCAGGUUACACAGCACUGCAACCUGUCUUGGGUCAUCAUCCUGAUACAGUGACCUGAAAUGUGUGGCACACGUCCAAGGUCAUCAUCCUGAUACCAUGACUGGCGAUGUGUUCAACCCAUAUCAUCACUGAUUAUGUUCCUGUGUGUGAAAGACUGGUUAUGAUGUCAUAAUUAAUCAGAGGAGGAUUCGCCUAUUGUUGCCGGAUUGCCUCACAGGCAGUGAAAUUUAGGAGAGAUAUUAUCAGAUAUCCUUCACCCUAAAGCAGACUAUUUGCUGGCCAUCAGAUGCAUCCAACAUCCGGGUCUUCCGUCUAACUUGGGGACGCGUUGCUGGGGUCAUCCUGGGUCACAUGUUGCCAUCACCUGAGUCAUGGUACGCUUGCUUGUAGUCAUUAUUUCUUGAGUUUAUUAGAAAAUGCCAAAAAGAGGAAGAGCGACUCGUAGUGCUCUUGAUCCAGCAUCACUAGUGAGUGGAGAGGUGGAGGCGUGGCCUGCGUACUGCUGACCGAACAGUUCGUCUUGUUAUCGAUAAAACCACUGAAAGAGUCAAGGGUCCGAACCACUUACAGUUCACAUGAUAUUGUUGACAUUUAAUUUUCUAAAUGAGGAUUGGAUGCUUAGCCAACAUCGUUUCCAUUUCACUGAUGAUGUAUGACGUCAAUCUUUGCAUCCAUCAUCACAAUAUCAUCAUCAUCGUCAUAAUCAUUAUCUUCAUCGCCAUCAUCAUGUUAACCUUUCCCCAAUAUAAGAGCGAGGUCAUGCGUGUAGGAUCGCCCCCAAACAUGCCAAAUACUGAUCUCCGCAGCUCUGUUGACGACUUGGCUACAGCACCCGACGCAUUUGACGGAUAAUGUUUUUGGACAUCAACUAAUAAAAACAGUUGUCACGUCAUUUCAGUAAAAACUACACAUACAGUAGGUGAAGUUCGUGGAAGGUCGCUGCGUCAAGGUUGCACAAAAUAAACAGUAACUAAGAAAAGGUAAAUGGCGGGAAAAAAGGAGAAAUUGUGAUGGGUAGAAAUAUUCUUAAAGGGAUAAUGUGAAGUUUUAGGAUGUGUUGACUACCAAGUGGUCCCGCUGGGCAGAGGACGAACAAAAGAAGUAUCAAUGAGAGAAAAGUCAAUCGUAUCACCCUCCCCAGGGUAGUAUUGUGUUGCCCUUGUCGACCAAGGCUAAUUUAGUGUUGCACUUGUAAGUAGCUCCAACUAUGACUGGGAGAAGAUUGCUUUUGUAAUGUUAUACUGAGGGAGGCUUCAUCACUCUCAUUUAUAAUUGGUCGGUUGCUUUACUUGGUUUUUAGGUCAUCUUAGAGCAGUUGUAACCUAUUUGUUUGUAUAUUAUAGAUGCUGGAAGUUCCUUAGAUGGGUGACGUCAUUCUCUCUAGAGCAAUGAUGAUAGUUUAUUCAAGGUUAAGUAGAUAUGUCUGUGGAUCUUUCCUUUUGCUUAUAAUGAAAAUAUGAUAGAUGUGGCUGGUCAGUCUGCAGACAACACAUGCUGGUAGUGGAAUUAGGCAACUGGUUUUAGAUAACAAACGAAUACCAGGAGUAAAUUACUGCUCUGUUUUGUCCAAUUUAAGGUUUUUGCGCUGAACAAUUUCCAACACGCAGAAUAAUAUCUUAGUUUAUAUUAUUCUGUGGCAGUGGUUGGUGAGAGUGGUUUUACAGAUGGUACCCCUUAAAUGGGCCAGCAGCACCCGGCCGGGGAAGAUUGAACUGUGUAUUAAUGGUUAUGACAGAAACAGGUGGUCACUCAGACUGGCUGCAUCACCCAACUCCUAACUUAAUAUCUAUUUACUUAUUAUCUUCGCCACUUGUCAGCUUACUAGUCGUUCGGGCGGUCGGUCGGUUGGGCGUUCGGUCAUUUCUCUGUUGUGUCGGGCAGUCAGUCAGUUCUCUGUUGUGUCGGGCGGUCGCUGAGUUCUCUUUUGUGAGCUGCUGGUAGAUAACAGGGCAUACAAAGGCUCUUGAGUGACGUGAACUUGCCCCAAUGCUCGUCCAGCCUGGACAUAAUGAAUUCACCCUUGAUGCUGUCAUAACAGUCACUGGUAAAUUAUUCUAACUCCUGAUCUUGGAGGCCGCUGUCCACUCACUACUAAAACUGUGAAACACUACAUACGUAUUGACUCAUUUACCUGUACUAUUAGAUCUUAACUCGACAUACCAGGAAGACCGAAGGAUUGUGGUGGCGAGUGAGGAGGUGAAGGAAGGAGGUAACACCGCGCGCGCUAGAUUACGCUUCCUGCCCACCUAGUGCAUCAACGUGUAGAGUAGAUCAGGUGUUGAAUCCUAAGAGAGCUUUGGUUACUUUUAUAUAGAAUAAAAAGCGUCUGUGGAGCAGUUGAUUUAAAAAAUGCAUAAAUUUUUCUCUAGAGGCGCUGAAUAUCUUGUAAGAGUGAUGGCCACAAGUAAUUACAUCUGACACAUUCUAAAUAGCAAGUGAAGACAGUGAGAUAGUAUAAUCUUUAGAACCCAGGAUGUGUCAUGGCAGGUAUAACAUUUAGAGGAUCACAGUCUGCGCUCUGAUUGGUUGCCUCAUAUGAGUACAAGGAAUAAAUAAAACACAGGCAACCAAUCAGCGAUCUUCAUCUUACUAGCAAGGUCACACUUUUGAGAGUCUCUGGCCCAAGAUGGCUCGGUGGUGCGUCCCCUUUACCAUGAUUAGAUUAUUUCACUUAUCAUUACUAAGAAACAAGUAGUUCAUAUUUCUCCGUAUAAUACAAGAGUGAUGUUAGGUAUACACUCGAAAAAGAUAGCUCUCAUUGGCUCUAAACACACCCUUCUCUUGUCAGUCUUAUAUCAUGAAGUCAGUGUGAUAUUUCCCUUUUUGGUUGAAAAUUUGGUGUGUAUUACCUGGAGUGAGCUUGAGUCGCUCCUCAUCGGGCACAUACCUGCUACGCGGCGCCCUAGGAGUCGACACAGGUGAGCAGCCGUGGGGCGACUGUUCGAUUGUUUACCUGCCAUCCCAUUUAUUAUUAUGUGAACAAGAAACACACCAAGUAUGAUCUCAUAUUUUUGUCUCAGUGUAAUUAUUAAUUUUACCCCAUCAUUUAUUAUUCCAAUUAGGGCCUAAUUUUGUGAAACCUGUACAACUUUUGGUGACUUGAGACCCGCGCCAGACGUGAUGAACUGUGGCGGGCGAGAGUUAAACUACGGUACAUACAUGCUAACCUUCCCAGCCGUCUCGAGUUGACCUUUAGUAUUAAGCAACGUGCUUUAUUAAGGUCAGAGAUGGUGAAGGCUUUAUCCUGGAGUAUAUAGGCUGUUGCACUGGUAAUUCAAUGGUUCUCUUCAUGAGAUAGAGGAGCUCCCUCACCACCGUGCCCAGUACCCUAGGAUACUCAAGUGUUUGCCAUCGUCUGAUUCAUUUAUACUUUAAUACAUUUUUAUCAUGAGUGUUUUAAACCUUAACUACAUCUACAAGAGAAUUUUCACUCACUUCAACGAACACAUAUGCUACCACCUCAUUGUACCCCGUUAUAGCAGCAGUAACAUGCCAGUGUAGAACCCUUGUGUACGAGUCACCAACCACCAGCAAGCACAACUGCUUACACCCGAACAUGUGCUCAAACUCCCUCACCACAUCCUUCACAACAACACUGGAUCAGUUCCCACCACACCUUCUCCUCACAAAAAUAAUUAAACUGAUUACAGAAGUAGUCGCACCACAACUCGUUCAUUUCAGCACAGCGUCACGACCAUCACAGUUAUGUUCUUCAGUCAGCCACUCACAGUAUAUAAGGAAAACGCUGCCAUAAAAACAACUCCAGCAAUUAACCACUUUCUUCCCGCCUAACACACUUCUGGCUGUCACAACCACCUUCACUCACACACACAAAACAUGGCGGCAUCUUGAAAGCAACAAUUCAGUAGAUUUUGUUGAGACAGAAUUUCUCUUGUAGCCUUAAUUAAUGACAGAGUUCCGUAGCUGAGAGCUUCAUCUAUAUUUUUACAUUCGUGUUAUUUCCGGCAUCAUCAUGAGAGGGUUAAUGAGCGUCAGCUGGGAGGCAGAUGAACAUGUUAUUACAUUAUAAUGUUGUAGUCACAAGCUUGUGUUGAGCUAGUCAUAAGUGCUGUGUCAUGGUGGCCCUGCUAGUCUAACCUGCACUCAAUACUUCUAGUCACAUUUUGUUUUACUACGACGUCUUAAGGUUUGUGAUUCUGGCUGUUUAUCAUUUAUCAGUUUAGCUGUAACUAUACUGAUUUUGAUGUACUUAUCAUUUAUAUGAAUCCAGUUUCUGUCCAUGGUAUGUGAUAUAUUCAACUGUUAUUCAAUUAUAUGCCGUGAGAAGUGCUGGUCCUCUCUCGUGGUUGGUAACGUAGAAUCGUUAAUAUUAGCGGGUCAGCUGGGAAGAGCCAAACACCCUGCCACGAGACAAUGAUUGGAAACAGCUCCUGUGUCGCAGAAGCACGUACACGCAUCAGUAAUUUGCUCUAUACAUCUAAGAAACAAUAAAACUGAUUUUUGCAAUAUCAAAGAAAAGUCUGUGGAGAGGAAUAUAUUGGUUAUCUGUAUAGAGUCAUCCUGAGGGCAAAAUGAUUUUAGCCCCUCCCUGGGCAGCAUACGUGACUUUUUCGCAUGCGUUCACAGGUCGGCUAUUGCACUUGCUCUAAAUAAUCGACCUUCUUAAACUGCAACAUGCAAAGACCCAUUAACAUCAUGCUUUCAGAAACCAUGUGCAUCAAGGAAUGUUUGUUGUCCAAUAAAUGAAGAAGCCGCCGCCCCCUCGAUGCUUGUGGCAACAGGGGGGGGGGAGUGUGUGUGUGUGCAUGAACAGACAAUGAUUCCUGCAGAAAAUAAUUGUAAAGGCAAAAUAUGAAUAGG